CAACGGCAGUUACUCUAUGCCAGCACGUGACCCCACUUUCGCCACCCCUGUGAUCUCCAGUUUUAACCCCCUGUUGCUGGGUUUUUAUCUUUCUUUCUCUCGCAGAUGGUAGUCGCUUUGAUUGAGUCGAACCUCCUCUCAGUUUCAGUUCUGUUGGCGGGUUCGUCGGCCUGUUUGACAACAAAAUCCCAUUUUCGAGUUUCACGCUCGACAAAGUAGCGACCCGUUUUCGCCGGUGCCGGAGCCCCAGCUGCCGGCUUUUUUUCUUCUUUCCUGCUGCAAAGAAGCUUCGGGCGCACCCCCCCCCACAUCCCGCCCCAAUUGGGGAAACUUCAAUCAAGCCCUCAGACUCAGCCUGUCACCCUCCGACCAAUGAUAAGCACCGUAAUUCCUCCCCCCUGGAAUUUUGACGAUGCAACUCUCCCUUCUUCCUUUCCCCCUCGUCCACGUCCGGGAGCUUCCUCCGUCACCGCUGCAACGACAACAACUGUCCGAACACCCAAGACUCGAUCACUUCCCGCGAUCCUCCCUUUCUCCUUUUAUAGAGCUGACCAGCCGAAAGUCGCGCUUAUGAAAGGGCGCCUGUCAGAAUUCACCUCUCAGGACUAUCUCUCCGACCAUCUUUGGAGGGCCCUGUCCGCUUAAAGCCAACUGAACCACCCGCUGCUGACACCACCGAUCCCCCGCCCGCUCUUGGAAUAGCGAACCUACCAUGCUCUCCCGAGUGACCGCCCGCCUCGCCGCGGCCGCUAGACCGGCCGCGGCCCUCCAAGCCGGCGCAUUAGCCGUGCGCGCCCCGGCCGCCGCCACCCAGCUCCGCUUCGUGAGCGGCAGCCAGCAGCAGCAGGCCAGCACCGGCAGCAAGGGCCGCGACAUGCCCACGCAGCGCUCGCGCGCUACCGCGCCGCCUGCCGCCGGCCUCGAUGCCACCUUCACCAUCCGGGACGGCCCCGUGUUCCACGGUACCGCCUAUGGUGCCAACUCCAAUAUCUCGGGCGAGGCUGUCUUCACAACCUCCCUCGUCGGAUACCCCGAGUCCAUGACGGAUCCGUCGUACCGUGGUCAGAUCCUGGUCUUCACCCAGCCGUUGAUCGGCAACUACGGCGUGCCGUCCAAGGAGCGCGACGAGUUCAACCUGCUCAAGUACUUUGAGUCGCCGCACAUCCAGUGUGCCGGCGUUGUAGUUUCGGAUAUUGCCGAGAAGUACAGCCACUGGACGGCUGUGGAGGGUCUUAGCGAGUGGUGCGCUCGCGAGGGCGUUCCCGUCAUCUCGGGAGUCGACACGCGCGCCAUCGUCACCCACCUCCGCGAGCAGGGCUCAUCCCUGGCCCGCAUCACUAUCGGCGAGGAGUAUGACGCGGACGAGGACGAGAGCUUUGUCGACCCGGGUCUAAUCAACCUGGUGAAGCGCGUCAGCACCAAGGCGCCAUUUGUGGUUGAGGCUCUGGACCCGACCUUCCACAUUGCGCUGAUCGACUGCGGAGUCAAGGAGAACAUCCUGCGCAGUCUGGUCAACCGUGGCGCCUCGGUCACAGUCUUCCCCUACAACUACCCGAUCCACAAGGUUGCGUCCAACUUUGACGGCGUUUUCAUCUCCAACGGGCCGGGUGACCCGACCCACUGCCAAGAGACUAUCUACAACCUGGGGCGGCUGAUGGAGACAUCGCCUGUGCCCAUCAUGGGUAUCUGCUUGGGUCACCAGCUUCUGGCUCUGGCCGUCGGCGCCAAGACCAUCAAGCUGAAGUAUGGAAACCGGGCGCACAACAUCCCGGCCCUUGACUUGACCACCGGCCAGUGCCACAUUACUAGCCAGAACCACGGGUAUGCCGUCGACACGAGCACUCUGCCAAACGAGUUCUUGGAGUACUUUGUGAACCUGAAUGACGGCAGCAACGAGGGCAUGAUGCACAAGACUCGCCCCAUCUUCUCGACGCAGUUCCACCCCGAGGCCAAAGGUGGGCCGAUGGACAGCUCGUUUCUCUUUGACAGGUACCUGUCCAACGUCAAGAUGUUCAAGAACAGCGAGAAAGUGUUCAAGGACAACAGGCCUUCUCAGCUGCUGCUCGACAUCCUGAGCAAGGAGCGCGUCGGUGUGGAGCCAACUCCCCUGGCGACCACCGCUUAAAGCAAGGCUCUGCGGUCUUCGGCGUGGUUGGUGUAUUGGAGUUUUGGGGGCAGUUCAGUUAUCCUAGGUUUUUGGUUUAGUCGGCCACUGAAAAAUUCGUUCGCAUGGAUCUUCUUGAUCAAUCUUGACUUGAAUUUCCAUGUUUCUUUGCAAUCUGAAUCCAGCAGGGCAAAGUGGUUUUGUCUGGAUGGUUGUAUGGUGAAUUUGAGAUCUGUUGAAAUUUGUCCUGAGCUCUGUCCGUUUGGUUUCUCUUGUGCACACA